AUGUGCCGCCUGUUGGAUGUUUCUCCAGAAAUGCAGGAUGACCAACUCCUGGAAGCCAUGGAAUCCGCCUCAUACUCACUGAGGGAGGCAGAGAAACUGAGAUACAGGGUUUUGCAGCAACAGGGCCCACCUAAAUGCGAGACAAUCAACAAAAUAUAUUGCCACGAGAACAAAUCAGAGAAUCUCUACCUCGACGAGCCUUGGGUAGUGGAGAGCGGCCGGUUCAAUGCUCACCUCAGAGGAAGUCAAGCCGUUCCUCAUCUCGAGUUGCACCUAGAAAGAAACAAGGAGAUCACGUUCAUUGUUUAUCGUGAUUUCGAAUGCUGCAAUGGUCCGCCGCCCAAAGAUUUCAACUAUCAUGGUCGCGUGACAAGCUAUCUUGACUCCAAUACGGCAAACUUUCUAAAGGCUGAGUACAUUUCUUUAGUCUCAGAAGAGCUUUCAGAACAUCUCAAGAAGAUGGCAAAGGUCACUAUGGAAGGGAUUCCGCACCCCGAAUUCAGCAGACGAACAGACGAAAAGAUCUCUUAUCCAUAUGUAUGGUGGUUCCAUCGACGAUAUGAGAUCAAGUCUUUCAUCGAAAGUCUUCAUCAGACAGAAUCAAAGCACUUAGCAGUGUUUCAGCAGUACGUACUCGGCCGUUUAGAUGGAGAUUGGAGCAUGGCACAAUCCCUUCUGGAUAAAGGCAGAAUAACGGCUGAGUAUAUGCCAUAUCUCUUUGUUCCUAACGAAAUUUUGAUCGAGAAGGCAGAUAGUCCUAAGCAAGGCCAGAUAAGAGGCGUUCUUGCAACCAAUUGGCUUCAGACUUUGACUGCCUCUGAAAAAGACUUCCGGGCGAUCAUUCAGGUGAGCGCAUGGGGAUUUAGAGGCAGCUUUCACCGAACAGUGAAAAUAAUUAGCAUCACUGGGCUUCCGAAGUGCAGUCAAGAUGGGUCGUUCUUAAUUACAGACCUUCUCUCCGUUUACCCGAUCAGGUACGCAAGUGCAGAGACCAUUCAGGCACUACAACAACGCGGGAGAAUGUUUUGGAAGUGCCGGUAUCGGAACUAUGUGACCUCUCGGGGCUUCUCAGGUGACGGCUUGCAGAAUUCGGUGCAGUAUUACCUAUACUUCAGCCUUACUGCAGAUUCACGGUUCAUGGUAGAUUACCGCACAUACAAGCAAAUGCAUCCUGGCGGACAAUCGGUCGAUGAUGAUGAUCUUGGGCUUGAGAUCAUGCGCAAGGAUAAUCCUGGUCUUGGUGAUAGGUUCCUUAUGUGCCUUCCGGUGACAAUACCGGGAUUCAACAUGCAAAAAAAAGAAUGGGUGGAGUUGGAUGUUGGGCUUAUUGAUGACGUCAAAUGGAAUGAUGAAGCAUUCGAACAUUUGGUCAUUGAUGCCGACACCAAAGAAUUAGUCCAGGCAGUAGUCACUACGCGGCUCAGAGCAGAGGAGAACACCGAUCUCAUUCGUGGAAAGGGCAAUGGCCUGUUUAUCUUACUCCAUGGUGUGGCGGAAAUCGCCAGGAAACCAUUAUAUCGAGUCACAUGUGGAGACAUCGGAACCAAGGCAGAAGAGGUAGAGCAGUAUUUGGACACUGUUCUGGUACUUGGAAAGACCUGGGGGUGUGUUGUUCUCUUAGAUGAGGCGGACGUCUUCUUAGAGGAGCGUACGUUGCAAAGCCUCGAAAGAAAUGCACUUGUAUCAGUUUUCUUGAGAGUUCUGGAGUACUAUGACGGUAUCUUGAUAUUGACCAGUAACCGAGUGGGCACGUUUGAUGAGGCAUUCAAGUCUCGCAUCCAGUUGAAUCUCAGGUAUCAAAAUUUGAACGAGCAGCAACGUAUCCAAAUUUGGUCGAAUUUCAUCGACCGCAUCGAUAAACUGGAUAAAGGCAAGGCUGCUGCCUUGGGUAAUUCCAAGUCUAACAACGGAUUGCAACUAGACUUUGGGGUUAAUGCAGAGGAAAUACGGCAACGUCUUCAUGACCUGGCGAAAGCGAAUUUGAAUGGUCGCGAGAUCAGGAAUGCAAUUUCUACAGCGCGUCAACUAGCUGCUUAUCGUCGCAAGCCUCUUGGCUACGAGCACAUUUCUCGUGCGAUUGACGAGGCUAGCAAGUUUGAUGAAUACUCGAAUGAGCUGAGGCGGGGUCUCACAGCGGAUGAUAUUCUGCGGGAAAGAGGGGAGCGUUGA